AAAGCAGCCAAAAUAAGACAAGCGAUAUUGCAGCCCUGCUCAAAAAGCCGCUAAGCAACGCACAGCUGACGCACAGUGCUGUGUAGCCCUGCAGUCACCUAUCCAUUGACUAAGCCUGACUUAAGUGCAGCUCAGCCAUCAUGAAGAUGGGAAUGGGCUACACAGUACUCUCGCGAUUGCGAACCCUAGCACGCUACACAAUCGCCUACGCUUGUAUAACCCAUUGCACGUUUGAGUAUGUGGGUGACUUUGUUUUGUGCAAAGGACCCUCCAUGGAGCCAACGCUCUUCUCAGAUAACGUGCUGCUGACGGAACGCCUAUCCAAAUAUUGGCGUAAAUAUCAAUCCGGCGAUAUUAUUAUUGCCGUUUCGCCGGUUAAUGCCAGCCAGUAUAUAUGCAAACGCAUUGUGGCCGUGUCCGGUGAGAAGAUAACGACACUUAAGCCACAUCCUAUUGAGGCGGAAUCAGCAUCAAAACAGCCGAGCGAAAUAUCUAUGGUUACGGAUUAUGUGCCGCAUGGCUGUGUUUGGAUCGAGGGCGAUAAUAAGAGCAAUAGUUCGGAUUCACGUUACUAUGGGCCCAUACCGCUUGGACUGAUACGAAGUCGAGUCGUCUGUCGCAUUUGGCCACUCUCGGAGCUAACGGGCCUGUAGUACCAACGCAAGGCCACAAAUUUAUAGUUGUUAACUUCCCUUUUAAUGUAAAUUAACGACCAGUACAAAUAAAAGCUGAAAACAUGCAUGACAAAA